AAGUAGCUGCUCCGCUGCGGGCAGGGACUGCAGUUCGCAACAGUCCUCUUCUGUGUCUCUAGCUGAGACUUUCAGAGCCUUAAGCCUGUUUUAGGAGGAGGGGUGGGCGGUUGAUACGCUGCGUCCCCAUCCUGGACGCGCUUCCUGAUUUAUGUUGCGAAGCAAACUUUCUAAGAGCAGCUCCUUCAGACGCAUAGCUGCACAUGACAGAGGAGCAGACGCUCAUCGGACGGCGGCACCAACAGCGCGAUCUGAAGCCUUCUCUGGACUCCACUGAUUUACUUUACGACAGAAAAGGGGUUUUUUUCCCACAAUAUUUAAGGGAGUCAUUUUGUAGCUUUGGAAAUGGCCUUGAGUGGGACCAUUUUACCAUCAAUCUCUACGUUUGCCAACCAAAAGGAGAAAUGUUGGGAAGAUAGGUGGAAGGGCGACAUAAGCAGCGCUGCGCCAAACAUGGACAGCAGCUGCCUGUGCAGAAAAGACGAAGAGGACCUGGAUAAGUUCUUGGAUCUUGAAUUUAUUCUUUCUAAUAGCUCCGUGUCUGGCUCUGAGUGUUAUCGGCUCCACGAGUCCGGGUCGCCUGCGUGUCACCACGACCAGCAGCAGCCUUCUGAAAUGCCUCAACAGCCAGUCGGUUACACCUCUGUUCCAGACAUGAACAGCCCACCGCCACAAUAUAGCAGUCUCAUGGCGGAGCUCCUUCGGUCCGACGUGGAUAGCAGCUUCCUCCCCGGGAACAGCCCCGGCAUCCAGGGAAGAUUCCUGAUCAGCUCGACGCCUUUCCAGAACGCACAGGAAUUAUUCCCCGAACUUCCGAGCAUCAAAGUGGAGCCAGCCUCUAUUGAUACAUACGGACCUGUCAUGGGUCUGGUGCCUCAGAGCUGCACCAAAACCAAGCACGAGGGGAACGUCUCCUGUAUGAUGUCAUACGAGCAGCAGCCUCGGCUCGCAAACUCCCCGCAAGCUGCAGUGGGCAGCAUGACGCCGCCGCUCAGCCCCGACGACCUGAGGAGCUCCGAGUGCCACCAGCCCCAGAUAUGUAACUCCACCUCGCUUACGUUCCCGCAAAGUUUCCACCCCCACCAUCGCUGUACGCCCGGGAGGUUCUCUCACCUGCACACCGGGAUGCAGCUCCCUUUCCCUGGGGCGCACCACCAUCACCAGUUCUCCGGCAUGUUCGGGGAGGAAGCGUCCAUGGGCAUGCCGCAGCAGCCGACUGCCGGUCAGCGGGUGUUGCUCACCCCACCGUCCUCCCCGCUCGAACUGAUGGAUCCCAAGCCCAAGAGGGGUCGCCGGUCCUGGCCAAGGAAACGAACGGCGACCCACACCUGCACUUUCACGGGCUGCGAGAAAACUUACACCAAGAGCUCCCAUCUGAAGGCGCAUCUCAGGACUCACACAGGAGAGAAACCAUACCACUGCAGUUGGGAGGGUUGCGGAUGGAAGUUCGCUCGUUCCGACGAGCUCACGCGUCACUUCCGGAAGCACACAGGACACCGGCCAUUCCAGUGUCACCUAUGUGAACGGGCCUUCUCUAGGUCGGACCACCUCGCCCUGCACAUGAAGAGGCACAUGUGAGGAAAGUCUUAAAGGACAAAGAUGAACUGUCAAGGACUUAUGCAUUGCACCAACCCUAUAAAAGAACUAUAAUAACCCUGUGACGCAAGUUCCUAUGGGAAUAUUAGCUAGAGUGGUCCCAUGACAGCAUUAAAUUGCCACACAGUAUGAUGAGGCCACUAUUGACUACACUGUAAUACGUAGAGGCAGGCUAUACUGUUAGGAUAUUAAAGUGUUUUGUUUUUCACUGGGACAAAGGGAGCAUCCAGAAGAGAUGCCUUCAAAUUAAGUCUAAAAUAAAUUAAAUCUAUUUAAGUAUUACUUUUGGAAGAAACAACAAACCACAAAGCAAAUGCAUACAUAUGACAGAAACAGAUGAAUUCUAUAUUCUAACUAAAGUUUUUUUUGUUGUUGUUGUUUUUCUAUGUAGCUGGUACUACUUUGUGGGAUUUUGUCUGUUUGUAUGUUUGUUUGUUUUUUUUUAAGAAUGUUGUUUAUGUAGGCAACAAAUUAAAUGAACAGUUCACUCAACAUGUCAGGCACAUUCCACUGAAGGAACUGGAAGUAAACAGUCUUUUUCUAGAACAGUGAUUUUUUUUGUUUGUUUGUUUGUUUGUUUGUGAGUUUCACCAUUAGUGCCUUCUAUAAAAUAUUAUUACACAUCUUACAAGUGCCAUAAUUUCCACUGGCUAAAAGACAAUCAAAGCAUUAUGUUCUGUGCUAUUUUGUAAGUGUAAACAGAACGUGAAAUAAGCUUUGAGACAAUGUUUUGUUCUAAAACUGCCAUUUAUUGUGUCUCUCUUUAUGGUUUGAAUAUAAUGAGUAUGUGAGUCUGUCUAUUGUCUACCAGCAUUUGAAGUCAGGGUCUUACAAUUCUCACAGAAAUGCAAGCCAUCUCAAUACCAACUGAUUGACAAAGGGCUACACAGUCUUUGUUUGUGCCUUGAAGAAAUGUACUGCCUUGUAAAUAGAAUAUUUUAAAUAUAAUGUAAAUAGUUUAUUUUAAGGUACAUAUUAAACUAAAUGAACAACAUGA